CAAAUGCUUCGUGGAAAUCCCAGAUAACCAGUAAACAAGAUGGCGUCCUCCACGUUUCGAGAGGCAAUCGAAGAAAUAUGCAAACUGUUUGCGAUAAAAAGCUUGAAAGAGGAGCAGGAGAUGAUGAUAAAAACUUUACUCGACAAGAGAGACUGUAUUGCAGUGCUGCCAACUGGGUACGGCAAGUCUUUGCCGUACCAGUUAUUGUUACCUUUGGCACGAAAGUUGGGUAUUGAAGCUGAUUUCAAGAUCGUUGUAUGUUGUCCGCUGGUCGCUCUCAUGGAGGACCAAGUAAAGAGAUUGGAAAAGGUGGAAUGCCUGCGGAAUAUGUACAAAGGAAGAAGCAAGGAAUUAGAUAAAAGAAUUCUGGAUGGUGACUUUGAUAUUUUAUUUGCCUCACCGGAAGCAUUAGUUGGCGAUCAGCACAUUCGCCUACAGUUGCAGAAAUACAAAAUCGGAGUAAUUGUGGUUGAUGAAUUCCAUACUAUUUAUGAAUGGGGUGGUGAGGCGACAGCUGAUGACAGUGGCGCAUUCAGAAAAUGGUUCCGAUACAUUGGUGAACUCAGAUCUUUAUGGCCAAAAGCAAACCUUCUUGCCUUGAGUGCAACGCGCACAAACAACAUCAAGAGACGUGUUUACAGGGUUUUAGGCUUAGAUCCUGCCCACACAACUGAGCUCACAGUCUCACCCAAUAAGCCAAACAUUAAACUCAUUGUUAAAAAAGUGGACAAGAACAUUGAGACCUCAAUGUGUUGGCUAAUUGAUGCUUUAGAUGAUUUAGAAGACCAAUUUCCAAGAACUCUUGUUUACUGUAAUUCCAUCUCUGAUGUGUCAAAAUUGUACUGUUAUGUUGUUUCAGAGAAUAAUCAGUUACAAAAAUUAGUAGAUAUGUUUCAUUCAGAAACAUUAGACGAAAACAAAAGUCAAAUCAUUAAAGUGCUAGGCGAAGAGAAAAGUAAUGUAAGGAUAAUAUUUGCCACCACAGCAUUAGGGAUGGGAAUAGAUGUUGUUAAUUGUACAUCAAUGAUUAUAUUUGGACCUCCAAGGAGUGUAGUGGAUUUGGUGCAAAUGAUUGGCAGAGUAGGUAGAUGUGGAAGUCAAUCAGUUGCUAUCAUUAUGUUUAAUUCUUAUCAAUUAGGACAUUGUGAAAAAGAGGUGAAAGAGUUCUUAGAGUGUAAAUCAUGUCGCAGAAAAAAACUGUUAGAAAGUUUUCUAUGUGAAUCUGAAAUGUCAAAAGUAGAAGUUGGCACUCAUAUUUGUUGUGAUAUAUGUGCAGAUUUGUGUACAUGUAAAAAAUGCAAAUUUCUGGAUCUAGAGCAUUUGCUUAAUAACAGUAGUAAAGCCAGUGCUUUAUCUCAAUGUAGUGAUAGUGACUUUAUAGAUUAUUACAGUGAUCAUGCUGAUGGUGAAUUCACUGAUAAUGAAGAAUUGACAUUGUUUCAGUCUGUCAAUGAGCCAGAUUAA